AUGGAACAAGCGGCCGAUCGGAUGUACUCCACACAGGCAGAACAACAGAUGAGAUAUAUAGCCAUUUUCGGCACCCGAACUCGCUUCAUUUUGCUGGUUUUGGUGCUGCUAUGUCUCACAUCGAUCUGGUCCAACAUUUUGACGUUCAACUUCGCGGUGAUUUGCAUGGGGCCGGACACGAGCAUCAACUCGACCGCCUCAAAUGAGGACACGUACACGUUCACUUCAGGCCAAAAAUCGUGGGUCAUCUCGGCGGUGGCCAUCGCGGCGUUGAUCUCCAACUUCCCAGUGGUGGCCAUGGUUAAUAAACUGGGGAUUCGCACGGUGUUCACCGGAUUGGGCUGUCUUUCGGCGAUCGCCACCCUCAUCAUCCCGUUCGCGAUUCGGCUGGGUUACCCAUAUUUUUUGGCGGUUCGCGUGCUCCAGGGAAUCGCUUUCGCCGCGAAUUUUCCCGUGAUCGGCGCCUUUUGCGCCAAAUGGACCUACUAUAAACAAAAUGGUCUAUUCGUGUCGGCUCUUGUCGCCUAUGUUCAACUAUCCCCAGCUUUCACCAAUCCCGCCUCGGGAGCACUCUGUAACGCUUUUCGCUGGCCAAGUAUUUUCUAUGCGCACGGCACCGUCUCGUUGAUCCUUUUCAUCACAUAUGGACUUUUCUAUCGAAACAACCCAAAUAAACAUCCAUUUGUCGGCGAUGUUGAAAAGAAUAAGAUCAAUAUUGGAAAAGCACAAGUCGACAAGAAAUCCAUGAAGAAGAUCCCGUACGCUGAGAUCCUCCGCACACCGGCCAUCUGGGCCACAUGGCUUGCCUCGCUCGGGAAUUUCACGUGUGUCAACAUGAUGUUCCUCUUCUCACCGACAUAUCUUUCUACGGUGUUGAACUACUCUGUGCAAUUUCUGGACCGAAUUCAUUUCGUUUCCGAGCAAACAAAAUUCCGUUUCUUCAACACACUCGCCUUUUGUGGAUCAUGCUCGUUUUUGGUGGCGUUAGCUUUUUGGGAUACGCGUCAAACGAACUUUUGCACAUUUUUGCUGGGCGGAGCGGCAGGGAUUCUCGGCGCGACAACUGGCGGGUUUUUCAAAGCGGCACCAGUUCUUUCAAAGCAAUACAGCCAUUUCGUCACCGGGAACAUCUCCUUGGGAAUCACGAUCACGAUGUUGAUUGUUCCAUUUUAUGUGAAUAAUCUAACGGUAAAUAACACGCCCGAAGAAUGGAGAUGGGUAUUCAUCAUCACCGGAUCUGUCAUGGUUGUCACCAAUCUCAUCUUUGUCAUUUUCAUCAAAGGAGAGCCAUGUGAAUGGACAGAGGACGAUUUUACCAAGCGCAACAGCGUGAAAUCGAUCUCGGAGAUUCGCGCGCAGGGGACGAGUACCACUUCAAAUGACCACCUGCAAACACAAUUAAAAUAU